AUCAUAAUAUAACCUGAAAAAGUUUAAAACCGAAUGCAAAUAAUUGAAAUUGCUUUUGGAGGUAUAAAUCUUAGUCUGAAGGAAAUUAAAAUAUAUAAUUGUUAUGUAUGAAGAAAUAUUUAUAUAUCCACUUAUAUAAAAUAAAUCCGAACUUUGCUUGAAUUUUUUUCUUAUACACAUUUAAAAUGGCAAAUGGUUUGAAUAUUCAUAUACAUUUUGGAGGUGGAGCUGAGUUACUGUUUGAUAAAAUCAAGAAGCAUAUCGUAGAGUUACCGCCGGCGAGGAAAUAUUUCCCGGAUGCUGAUAUUGAAAAAUGGAGGAUAAAAGAACUUUUGAUUUGGAUAAAAGACAAUUUAUUGAAAGAAAGACCCGAACUAUUUCUGCAGGGGGAGUCGGUGCGUCCCGGGAUACUGGUGCUGAUAAAUGAUGCGGAUUGGGAACUGUUUGGUGAACUGGAAUAUGAGCUACAAACAAACGAUGAGAUCACAUUCAUAUCCACCUUACACGGAGGAUGAAAAUAGAUAACUGAACUCUGUGUUAAUUUUAUAUAUAUAAUAAAGUCUCAUUAAUAUAA